AUGGAUUAUAAUGAUAAUCCAGUUGGUCUAGGUGGAUUCGUACCAACUUUAUUGGAUAUAUGCUUGACAAGAGUAAAAGAUAAUAUUGAUACUAUAAAACAGAUUGAUAAAAUUAAUGAUGUAUUAUUGCUUAGAGUUUUUGAGAAAUGUUCACCAGGUCAAUUGGCAUCUCUUGAAACAAAACUUAUAAAUAGAAAAAUUGACACAAGUGAUCUUUGGAAGAAACAUUGUAACAUUAGUUUUAACGUAUAUAAAGUAGAGCAUGGUCUCACUUGGAAAUCUAUGUAUAGUAAAUUAGAAAGAGAAUAUCAAGAAAAGAAAAAUAGAAUUGGUCAGGUUUUAAGAAAGAAUUAUAGUGAGAAGGAAAAUGGUAUGGUAUCAUAA